CUGUGGCGUCCUGCCCGUCCCCGCCCGCGUGUGUGAGGGAGAGCGGGCGCGCUGGGUCGGCCCGAUGGGGGUAAUCGAGGGUUUCGGGGACGCUGAGCGGCGCUUUCCUCUUCCCAGUGAGUGAGGGAGGGAGGUCAGCGGCUCUGGUGCCCAGCCACUUUCCCCGUGCGAUUCCCGGAGCUCCCUGCAGGAGGUGAAAGUCCCCGGCGGGUCCGGAUGGCGUAGUUGCGCCGCGGCGCAGCAGCUGCCGGAGCUCGCCGCCGCCGAGCGCUGGGCGGGGAAACUUUCCUCUGCUUUCCUCCAGCUUGGGGCGGGUGGAUCUCCGCUUGACACACCGCCUCCGAGGCAAUUUGAAAAUUGGAAAGAAGGAUUUUUAAGACCACUUCUGAUUUGCAAAUAUUGAUUACAAUCUGAAGAACUACAGGCUGAGGUGACUGAACGGGACACACUUUUGGAGAAAUAAAAAUGGUGUCUCAUUAUGUGAUGGCCGUGUUUGCCCUGAUGAGUUCCGGUUUAGCCACUGCAGGUCCAGAGCCCAGCGCCAGGUGUGAACUGUUGCCCGUCAAUGCCUCCCAUCCAGUCCAGGCCUUGAUGGAGAGCUUCACCGUCUUGUCAGGCUGUGCCAGCAGAGGCACGAUGGGGCUGCCGCAGGAGGUGCAUGUCCUGAACCUCCGCACUGCCGACCCGGGGCCUGGCCAGCCACAGAGAGAGGUCACUCUGCACCUGAAUCCCAUCUCUUCAGUCCACAUUCACUACAAGCCUGUUGUGUUCCUGCUCAACUCUCCACAGCCCCUGGUCUGGCAUCUGAAGACAGAAAGGCUUGCGACUGGGGUCUCCAGACUUUUCUUGGUGUCUGAGGGUUCUGUGGUCCAAUUUUCAUCAGGAAACUUCUCCUUGUCAGCAGAAACAGAAGAAAGGAGCUUCCCCCAUGGAAAUGAACAUCUGUUAAAUUGGGCCCGCAAGGAGUAUGGAGCGGUUACUUCAUUCACCGAACUCAAGAUAGCAAGAAACAUUUAUAUUAAAGUGGGGGAAGAUCAAGUGUUCCCUCCCACGUGCAACAUAGGGAAGAACUUUCUCUCACUCAAUUACCUUGCCGAGUACCUUCAGCCCAAAGCAGCAGAAGGGUGUGUGAUAGCCAGCCAGCCCCAGGAUAAGGAAGUUCACAUCAUCGAGUUAAUCACUCCAAACUCAAACCCUUACAGUGCUUUCCAGGUGGAUAUAAUAAUUGACAUUAGACCUUCUCGAAAGGAUCCUGAGGUGGUCAAAAAUCUCAUCCUGAUCUUGAAGUGCAAAAAGUCUGUCAACUGGGUGAUCAAAUCUUUUGAUGUUAAGGGAAACCUGAAAGUUCUCAAGCAUACAUCAAUUGGCUUUGGAGAGCUUCCAGAUCCUCAUCUCUUUUAUACAUUGCUUGUUAAGAGUAAUUUUACCCAUGUGCAUUCUGUGCUAAUUCCUUCUGUUCUUGCCUCUGAUGAUGAUGAUUAUAACCUGCAUCAAACACUGAUGAUGUUUUGUCCUCUUCUGUCACCUCCAGAGGAGAUGAGAGAUGAGGAAGUCCAUACCAUCCCUCCUGAGCUACGGAUCCUGCUGGACCCUGGCAUUCUGCCUGCCCUGGAGAACCCACCCAUCCGGGGUGGGGGAGGCCGAAGUGGAGGCUUCCCCUUUCCUUUCCCUGAUAUCUCCAGGAGAGGGCAGAAGGAAGGGGGAGAAGAUGGGAUCCCCCGGCCAAAGGACCCUGUCAUCCCCAGCAUACGGUUGUUUCCUGGGCCCAGAGAGCCUGAGGAGGUGCAGGGGAGCAUGGGUGUUGCUCUGUCCGUCAAAUGUGACAAUGAAAAGAUGACUGUGGCUGUAGAAAAAGAUUCCUUUCAGGCCAACAGCUACUCAGGGCUGGAGCUCACCCUGCUGGAUCCUACCUGCAAGGCUAAGAUGAAUGGCACCCACUUCAUUUUGGAGUCUCCCCUGAACGGCUGUGGUACUCGGCACCGGCGGUCAGCCCCUGAUGGUGUGGUUUACUAUAACUCUAUUGUGAUACAGGUUCCAUCCCCCGGGGAUAGUAGUGGUUGGCCAGAUGGUUAUGAAGAUUUGGAGUCAGGUGAUAAUGGAUUUCCGGGAGAUAUGGAUGAAGGGGAUACUUCCUUCUUCAGCCGACCUGAAAUUGUGGUGUUUAACUGCAGCCUGCGGCAGGUGGGGAAUCCCAGUAGCUUCCAGGACCCGCCCAACAGAAACAUCACCUUCAACAUGGAGCUGUACAACACUGACCUCUUCCUGGUGCCCUCCCAGGGGGUCUUCUCCGUGGCAGAGAAUGGACACAUUUAUGUUGAGGUGUCGGUUACUAAGGCUGACCAAGAACUGGGAUUUGCCAUCCAAACGUGCUUUAUCUCCCCAUAUUCGAACCCCGAUAGAAUGUCGGAUUACACCAUCAUUGAGAACAUUUGUCCUAAAGACGAAUCUGUGAAAUUCUACAAUCCGAAGAGAGUGCACUUUCCUAUCCCACAAGCCGAGAUGGACAAGAAGCGAUUCAGCUUUGUUUUUAAGCCUGUCUUCAACACCUCACUGCUCUUUCUACAGUGUGAGCUCACGUUGUGUACCAAGAAGGAAAAGUACCCCCAGAAGUUACCUAAGUGUGUGCCUCCCGAUGAAGCCUGCACCUCACUGGAUGCCUCGAUGAUCUGGGCCAUGAUGCAGAAUAAGAAGACGUUCACCAAGCCCCUCGCUGUGAUCCACCACCAAGUAGAAGCUAAAGGUCCAAGCAUUAAGGAAUCAAGUCCAGUUUCUCCACCAAUUUUCCAUGGUCUGGACACCCUCACCGUGAUGGGCAUUGCAUUUGCAGCAUUCGUGAUUGGAGCUCUCCUGACGGGUGCCUUGUGGUACAUCUAUUCUCACACAGGAGAGACUGCAGGAAGACAGCAAGUCCCCACCUCCCCGCCGGCCUCGGAAAACAGCAGCGCGGCCCACAGCAUUGGCAGCACACAGAGCACGCCCUGCUCCAGCAGCAGCACAGCCUAGCCCGGCCCGGCCACUGCCACGGGCAGGGCCUGACGGCUGAUGGCACCUGUCCAGACUCCAGACUCCGAAGGCUUGAUUAUGGUUCCUUUGUAAAGAGAGAGUGAAUUUCAAUGUAAAGAUCACCUAUUGGAUUCGCCCCCCACCCAGGGCUAAUGUCAGUGUGACCCCUGGACUUCUGUAACACACUAGGAUUCAUGUGAGAAAGCUAAGAUGGUGGCCUUCUCCACCAGCCCCUCCCAGGCUUGGGGGUUUUCAAUGUGAAACACAUGCCAGUUUUUAAAAUGCUGCUUUGUCCAGGUAAGAACAUUCAUAAUUUGGGGCCCUGAGUUUUACCCAGACUUAAGGAGUUGGUAAAAGGAUAACAGCCAGAUAGUUAGAACCAGUGAGGAGAUGUGGCUAAGGAUUCUUUUAUAAGUGAACCAAGAUGUAAAACAAAAGAAAUGCUUCAGGACUUUCUCAGUGGGUUCCUCCAUGUCUGAUUUGCACCUUCUGGAUGCACACUUCUCACCUUGCUGCCACACUCUGUGGGGGCCGAUGUGUCAGCUUGGUGGGUGCUGCCCUCGGGGAUUGCAUCCUGACACACAUCAUGGCAACAUUCCUUUCUUGUGCCCUGGGCCAAAACCAAUGCUGAUUACCUUAUCAGCUUCCUCCUUCUCCCCACACUUGCACACCGACUGCAAAAAUGUCUUAAUGCAGAUUUUGUAUUUCUUCAUAGGCAUAUAGAAAUUGAAAAUGGUCAAAAUCUGAGACUGCAGAUUUGUGCCCGUUUAUGACAUUGUGUUCUGAUAAAUUAAUGUAUAAAUUGGAGUAAAAUUCUGUUAGAAAGUUGAGGAGGAAUUUGAACAGUGAUAUAUAUGCCAGUACAAGUAUAUAAUAUAUCAUCUGGUACAUUUGUUUUCCCUGUUGAAGAAGAGAAAAUCCAUUCCCCUUUUAAUAAUGUCCUAUGCCUUCAGAGUUGGAACUUAUUCUUAAAUAUAUUUGGGAGAAUUAAUGUUUCCACUCAAAACAUAUCAACCUUUUUAAUAGAUCCUUUUAUAAAAACCAAGCUCUUAUAAGAUGCAAAUGCAUGGCAGAUCCUGUUGGAUUCACUGGUUACCUGAAUAGUGUCACCAAUUCUGCCAAGAAAGUGCUGAGAUAUGGAAAAGGGCACUCAUUAUGAUUGCUUUAGUUCUCUUGCCUUAAAUAUAUACCAAACUCAAAAAGGAUUUGAGGUGAAUUUCAUUAAAAUGGAAUAAUAUGAUGCCACUUUGCAGCUAAAAUAAGCUCAACUGAUACCUCUAUGUUAAAGAAGAAUGCCAGAGGAAAAUUUCCAUGCCAAAUUAUUCACUACUGAGGAUAGCUUCAUUGCAAAUAAAUAUUACUCUUUUUCCAGAAUUCCCUCCCAAAUGACUGAGAAUUCUACAGAUGGAACAGGCUAGAUUCUACACCAAAAUAUUCAUAAGCAAAUCUCACUGCCUUUAAAAUAAGGAGGUUAUGCCUGGUUCUCUGUGACUAGAACGUUAAGUAGGGAAUGAUGAUGACACCCAGGACCUGCGGGCAGUGUCUACCAGGUGAACAAGUAGGUGGAGAUUGACAGUCAUUGUUACCUAAUCAUAGAGUAUUAAUACUCUGAUUGAUUAUAUAGGUGUAGACAUUCAAUCAGGAUAAUUUUAACCAAAACAGAUUACUUGAGAGCUAAGAUUUCCAGGCUAUCUACAUUGAUAAUUUUGCAGUUUUCCACAGAUAAAUGAGGAUACGAGAUUACAGAAUUUUUUUCCUUCAAUUAACUUUUUUUAACAUAAGGGUAUCAGAGUGGAGGACCUAGAUUACGCUACCUGUGUUUGAAAAUAAUGCGCUUUGCCUAACCUUCAGCAGAAUGUAUUGUAUUAGCAUAUUCUAUGUAUGAAAAUGUUUAAAGAUGUCUUCAAAGAAGACUAGAGUCUUUAAGUCACUUAUAGCUAUAUUUUACUACAAAAAUUUGUGUAUAAAGAUAUAUUUAAGUGUUUUAGAUAAAUUUAAGUUACUCCAUAUGAAAUGUUUAAUUUCAGUUACUGUGAAUUCUUUUGAUCAGUUCUUUGCUUUUAAAAAAAAACCCUUUCCAUCCUGUUAAACAGAAAAUUAGCUAUUAAAAGAUAUUAAAAGAUCCAGUUCUUAGAUGGACAGGGUUAAAACCUUUUAUAAUAUAUUUAAAUGUAUAUUUUUGAGAGAGAUGCUACAUUGCCAAUGAUUUUAUAAAUAAUUUAAAAUUAAUUUACAAAUUUAUAGAUGCAAACCAAAAGAUUUUAAAAGAGAGAGAAGAAAAAAAGUCAACUUUUAUUUGUUUGGGUCGUAUUGUCAGAAGUAUUAUUCAGAUCAAGAAAUCCAUGUUGAUGAAACCUGAUCCCAUGUUAAUUGGAGAGUGAAUGUUGUUAAGUAUUUCUGAAAUGUUUCUAAAAAAUGAACAUAAAAAAAUCUCCCUAGCUUCUUGUUACAGCAUUUCCAAUUGCUUCAUACUUCACAGUUUUAAUACAAAGUAUAAGCUCUACUUUAUAACACGUUCCGUAAGUUUCUUUAAAACAGUUGUUAUAUUCCAGUUAAACUCUUCUAUCUACAGUCUUUUGUUACUUCUGCAGGCUACACCCUUAAUUUGCAGAGGCCAUUUUAUUUUGUUGUUUGAUGCUAAAGCUAUUGUUGAAAUGCUCUAAACUUCAAGGCAGAUUGUGUAAUAUCCUAUAGCUUUUCACAAUUUGUGGUGUUUACCAGCUGUUACUCUGUAUUUUAAAAGUCAGAGAUUCCUUGUUUAAGCUGUUUCUAUAGCAUUUUCUAAACAAACAAACAAAAAUGGUCUUUUCCUUGUCUGUAAUAAGAUAGUAUACCCAUUUCCUGUGUGUGUUCUGUAGUGGGCAUGAUUGUGAGCGUGUGUGGGGGGCGCGCACGCGCGUGCCAGUCUUUUUGUACUAUAACUACCUCAUGGUUUGAGUGAUGGUUGUACUGCUGGUUGUGUUAACAGAGCACAUUUUGUUGGGUGAAUUGCGUGUGUGAUUUUUUUCCUGUUUGUUUUAGCUGGGGGUUGUUCAUGAAACUGACAGAUGUUUUCCAAAAAGGACUAUUAUCAGUUUCUAAAUACAAUACUUCUCUCUUCUGGUUUUUCCUGAAUGAGCCUGAUUUUGUUGCUGUUUUUCAUCAUCUAUGAGGGUCAAAAGAGUACCCUUAAAAUCCCUGUGGCCAGUUUGAACACCCCUGUUGUAUUCUUUUCUCUGUUCAGUGUGUCGGCAAUUUUGUGAACGUGCUUAGAUGUAUAGUUUUGAUAACCACAGUUUUAAGUCCUUUAUCUGUGCAUAAUAAAAAGAUAUAUAUCAAUUAUUAAUA